AUGUCUGCGCUCAAGCGGAUGAUGCGGGUCUCCAAUUGCUCCCUGAUCGCUUUCAUCAUCUUCUCCAUCUCCGGGUCCUGUCUCUACUUCAUCUAUGUGGCUCCAGGCAUCGCCAACACGUACCUCUUUAUGGUACAAGCUAGAGGUAUCACACUGAGAGAGAAUGUGAAAACAAUUGGACACAUGAUCAGGCUGUAUACCAAUAAAAACACUACGUUCAAUGGAACAGAUUAUCCUGAAGGCAAUAAUACAAGUGACUAUCUUCUUCAAACAACAACAUAUCUUCCGCAAAACUUCACGUACUUACCACACCUCCCCUGUCCAGAGAAGCUGCCUUACAUGCAGGGAUUCCUCCGUGUCAAUGUGAGUGAGAUCAGUUUUGAAGAAGUCCAUCAGCUCUUCUCCAAGGACUCAGAGAUUGGGCCAAGAGGCCACUGGAGGCCCAAGGACUGCAAGCCCAGAUGGAAGGUGGCAGUUCUCAUCCCCUUCCGUAACCGCCAUGAACAUCUUCCAAUUUUUUUCCUGCACCUGAUCCCGAUGCUCCAGAAACAGCGGCUGGAAUUUGCCUUUUAUGUCAUCGAACAGACCGGCACACAACCAUUCAAUCGGGCUAUGCUCUUUAAUGUGGGUUUCAAAGAGGCCAUGAAAGACAGAGCUUGGGACUGUGUGAUCUUCCAUGACGUGGAUCAUCUGCCUGAAAAUGAUCGUAACUAUUACGGAUGCGGAGAGAUGCCACGGCACUUUGCAGCAAAGCUGGACAAGUACAUGUACAUUCUUCCGUAUAAGGAGUUCUUUGGUGGAGUGAGUGGCCUGACAGUGGAGCAAUUUAGGAAGAUCAAUGGUUUUCCCAAUGCCUUCUGGGGGUGGGGAGGAGAAGAUGAUGACCUUUGGAACAGAGUUCACUACGCUGGAUACAAUGUAACCCGGCCAGAGGGAGACUUGGGAAAAUACAUAUCUAUUCCUCAUCACCAUCGAAGAGAAGUACAGUUUUUAGGACGGUAUAAAUUACUUCGGUAUUCUAAGGAGCGUCAGUACAUCGAUGGGUUGAACAAUUUAUUAUACACGCCCAAAAUACUGGUUGAUAGGCUGUACACAAAUAUAUCUGUAAACCUCAUGCCAAAGUUAGCUCCAAUUGAAGACUAG